AUGUCGCGUAACGAUGCGAUAUCGCCGCUCGCGCGGUCUCCCUCCUCGCGAACGAGCUUCGCCGCCGGCAACGACGACUGUAUCAGCGGCGUCGGCGACGACGCGGACUCGCGUCUCGUCAUCGCCGAGGCGCGCGUGCACGAUCACAGCCGACCGUUUCCGCCGCCGCGGUUGCCGCUCGUGCACGUGACGACGAUGCCGUCCGUGCCACCGCCACCACCGCCGGCACCGGUGUCGCGAUCGGUACCUGGGUCUCCGACGCCCCGUGUGGCGCCACUCACCAUGCCUCUGACGCCGUUAUCAAGUUCCUUCCGGAGCAGGCCGUCCCUGCGUCGCCCGCAGAACGUGGAGACGUCACCGAGCGACGCGAAUUCCAGGAGUCUGCUGUCGCCGUCGUCCACGGACACGACGAUAACGACGAUCGCAACAACGCCCAGGAGUCCGAUCGGCGAGGUGAGCCUCGCCACGCCGCGACCGGACGGCGAGAGGACCAUCAACGAGUACGUCGAGGCGCCGUUCAAGAACUCACGCUGUAAUCAGGAACGACGCCUCGAUGCCGACAGCAAGACGGCCGGCGACUGUCCGAAGACCGAGAGGAGGCAUCAUCAUCACCAUCAUCACCACCACAGAGGCCACGAAGAUUCCACGGUGGUGCCGACGCAUCGAGGACGCGGUCGCGCGAGGAAUCAGAGUCUGCGCGGCACGGCAACCGGCGGCUCUCCUGUCGCUACGUCGACGAACGCGGCGGCAGCGAACGCCGUCACGAAGCAGCCGGUCUCCUUCACCAAGGAGCCGGCCAACACGCUUGGCACGAGGACCUACGAUCCGGCUGGCCUGUCGAUCAUAUGCGAUUUUUGCGGUAGAUGUCGAUGCGAGUCGUGUCGGGAGCCGCCUCCGCUACCUAGCAAGUGGCUCUGCGACAAUACGUGCCUCUGCUCGGCAGAGACCGCCCUAGACUACGCAUCGUGCCUGUGUUGCGUCAAGGGUCUCUUCUACCACUGCGUGGACGGCGGCAGCGGCGGUGGCGUCGCCAGCAGCAUGGACGACGAGGCCGCGACGAGUUGCGCGGACGAGCCGUGCUCCUGCACCGGUAACCGCACGGCAUCCAGAUGGGCCUGUCUAGGUGCCCUGGCGCUAGUGAUGCCCUGCCUGUUGUGCUACUGGCCCUGCCGGGGUUGCGUCACCCUCUGCGAGGCAUGCUACGCGCGUCACGCCGCGCAAGGCUGCCGGUGCAAUCCGAACGCGACCGGUAGCAGACAUCACCCCAUCACCAGCGAUAUUGGAGACUCGAGGGACCCGGAGAAGAGGCUGCUGGAUCCGGUCACGCCGGAGCUUUGA